AUGACUGAUUUAGAUGAAAGCAUUGUUGAAGAAGUCUGCAAGAUGUUAAAUGCAUCUCAAGACUUCGAUCAAGAUAUACAGAACGAAAUAUUCCGAGAUAUGUCAUCAUUUCAAAGCCAAUCAGAUAUUGCACUUUAUUUAUUAUCUGCUGUUGCAAAUGGCGACUUAUCAGAUACAUCAAGAUGCGUUUCAGCUAUAUUAAUGCGCAGAUUUUUUGCGUUUACGAAAAAUGCUACAAAAGAAAUCUUCAAAACAAAUAUUUACCCAGUUUUAGCUCCAUUUUUUGAUUUAUCACCUUCACCAUUAGUCAACUGUGUUUCAUCAUUAUUUGCAGAUAUGUUAAAAUACUUUGGUAUCGAUACAUUCCCAGAUAUACCUCAAAUAAUUUUUAAUCUCCUCGAAAAACAAACAGAACAAAGCCAAAGUGGCUUGAGUCUCAUCUACGAACUUCUCUUACGAGAUAUAGACUUGGAUAUAUCAAUACUAAAUCUUCUUUCCCAGCAUUUAACAACAGAACAUUCUUCUUUCGUUUCGAAAAUUUUGUCACUUUUUGCAAAAAAAUUUCCGAAUGAAAUUUUUGAGAAUAUUUUAACGACAACAGUAUUUCAGAUUGAGUUCAAUGAACUACAAGAAGAAGAGAUACUCCAAACAAUCAAUAUUUGCAGAGAAAUUUUAAAUUCAAGAAUUGAUGAAGAAAUCUUUGUUUUUUUACUGAAUUCUUUGAACAGCAGAAUAGAAAAUGUAACAUUUGCAGCUGCUGAAAUAUUUUGUGACAACGAAAAUCUUCCUUUUAUUGAAGAAAUUGUAAUUUCUUUGUUUAACAAUUUAGAUAUGAACAAAAACAUAUAUAUUGCGAAUUCCACGACCCAAUGCAUGUCAUCACUAAGAUAUUUGGCUCAUUUACAUCCACAGGAAACUGUUGAAUUGAUUUCAAAAUUAAUUUCAAAUGAAAAAAAUGUCAAAAAAAGUCUUCGAGCCAUUCCAAGUAUUAUUGACAUUUGUGAUGACCAAAAUCAACUGAUAUCGUUUAUUAUUGAUAAAAUGAAAGAAGACCCAAUAGAUGCAAUGGAUGUAAUUUCAGAGAUCUCUCAAUUUUUGAAUGAAAUUUCAUCGUUUUCCAUUGAAAAUGUUAUUCAAUUUUUAAUGUCAAAUGAUAUUUCAACACGUGUUUCGUGUCUUCGAUGUUUGGAGAAUAUACUCAAAAACAUCAAUCUUCAACCUGAUCCUCUUUCCUCAAUUUUUAUGUCUCUUUUUGACAAAAUUACUGAAUGGGAAGUAAUUUUAUUGUUGAGAACUUUGAGAUCAUUUUUCUUGACUGUUUGUGAUAAUGCUGACAGCCAAACAUUCAAAGAUUUAGUUUACAGAGUUUGCUAUACUUUUUCUGUUGUUGAUGUUAAUGAUAAGUUUGUUGUUGCUGCAAUUCCUUGUUUUGUAAGUUUGCCGAAAUCUUCUUCUUUCCUUUACCAAUGUUGA